AAAAAGAGACUCAUAAAAAAAGCUAUAUCUCUUUCAGUUCAAGAGGCGGAAGAACGGAGAUGGCCACCAUCACACCUCUCGCUCUUCGCUCUCCGGUUCUUCUCCGUCCUUCAUCUGCUUCGAACCCUACCAGAUUCCAUGGCUUCAACAACCUACCACCACCAUCGCGUCUCUUCUUUCCCCUUAAACCCUUCCCUUCUCUAUCCAUCCAAAACCCUAAAUCCAUCCGAAUCGCUGCGUCCGCUUCGCCGAUGACGCCGAUCCUCCCGGCGGCGAAUUCAACGAAUCGCUCAUCCACACUCACCGGUUCGACUCGGUCCCUCGCUACUCUCGCGGCUUUGACAAUCGCUGUAACCAGAGUCUUAGCUCAGAAACUGUCGCUCGCAAUCCAGACCUCAAGUCCUGUAAUCGCGGAAGGGUUACGAUUGUCCCUCAGUACAGCCGGACCCGUCUUCUUCGCGUCGCUCAGAGAUCGUCCUCCGGGAUACUUGAACACGCCGCUUACUGUGGUUGCGGUGGGGAUAAAGAAGUGGUUAGACAUUUACAGUGGGGUUUUGAUGGUUAGGGUUUUGCUCAGUUGGUUCCCUAACAUCCCUUGGGAGAGACAGCCUUUGUCUGCCAUUAGAGAUCUCUGUGAUCCUUACUUGAAUCUCUUCAGAAAUGUCAUUCCUCCUAUCUUCGAUACGCUUGAUGUUAGUCCGUUGCUUGCUUUCGCUGUUCUGGGCACUCUCGGAUCGAUUGUUCAUGGCAGCACUGGAUAGAAAUUUGAGGCUUUUUGUUCUUGUUUGAGACAUUAUAUUGGAGAAGUUUGCAUCUUUUCUCCCAAAAGAUUAGGAGAAGUCAGAAUUUCAUGUUUGCUUCUCCAUGUAGGAUGCGCACAAUGAGAGUUAUGAGCUUUGUCGUUUUUUUUUUCGAAUUUGAUUCUGAAUAAUGAGAUUUUGGUUUUUACAUACUAGAGUUAAAUUGUUGAUGGA